GUGGGCGAGUCCGCACACGGUGAGCUGCUCUCAGUCUGAGGACAUGGACUGAGGUUUGACAGCUCUGACACUAGAUUGGAGCCACCAGCCUGCUUCUGUCGCCCUCAGGGAAGAAGGUGGAGAUGGAGGACUUCUGGGUCACUGCCCUCUGGGCCCUGAGGAUCUGGCUGUACCUCAUUGUCAUUUUCAUCAUGGUCCCAGCCAUGUUUGGGUUCUCACUAGGCAUCUCUGAGGCCUACAUGAACAUCCUGAUGAAAACCUUAGAGUGGGCCACAAUGAAGAUGCAAAAAGCAAAAGCUACAGAACAAACCCUGAAACACACAGACUCUAGUGGUCUCAUUCAAAGGGAAGACGGCUCGAUGGAGAAAGAGUUAGAGGAACUGAGACGCAGUCGCCCCAAGCCGCCGGAUGGAGGUGAUUUUACUCUAAGCGACUGUUUCUAUUUCACUCGACGGGGAAUUGAAAGCAUUAUAGAAGAUGAGGUGACCCAGCGGUUCAGCUCUGAGGAGCUGGUCUCCUGGAACUUACUGACCCGCACCAACAAUGAUUUCCAGUACAUCAGCCUGAGGCUCACGCUGGUCUACGGUCUCGGUAUCUUUGUGAGAUACUGUAUCCUCGCUCCGCUCAGGAUCACCCUCGCCUGCAUCGGCCUGAGCUGGUUAGUCGUAGGAACAUCAGCUGUCGGAUUACUUCCAAACUGGAGGAUAAAGCCGUGGCUCAGUGAGUGGGUCCAUGUGAUGUGCUACAGAAUCUGUGCUCGAGGACUCUCUGCUACUAUUCGGUAUCAUAACAGAGAAAACAUCCCUAAAAAAGGAGGAAUCUGUGUUGCGAAUCACACCUCCCCUAUCGACAUAGUGAUCCUCUGCAAUGACACCUGCUAUGCUAUGGUAGGUCAGGUUCAUGGGGGCCUGAUGGGAAUUGUUCAGAGAGCCAUGGUGAGGUCCUGUCCUCAUGUUUGGUUUGAGAGAGCAGAAAUGAAAGAUCGCCAUCUAGUGACCCAAAGGUUGAAGGAUCAUGUGAAUGACAAAACAAAGCUUCCCAUUUUGAUAUUUCCUGAGGGAACCUGCAUCAACAACACGUCUGUCAUGAUGUUUAAAAAGGGAAGCUUUGAGAUUGGAGCCACAAUAUAUCCAGUAGCCAUUAAGUAUGACCCAAAAUUUGGAGACGCCUUCUGGAACAGUUCCAAGUACAGCAUGGUGAACUACCUGCUGAUGAUGAUGACCAGCUGGGCCCUCGUCUGCAACGUCUGGUACCUGCCGGCCAUGCAUCAGCGGGAAGGGGAAGAUGCUGUACAGUUUGCUAACAGAGUGAAGUCGGCCAUCGCUCGCCAGGGAGGGCUGGUUGAUCUACAGUGGGAUGGCGCACUGAAGAGAGCCAAGGUGAAGGAGUCGUUCAAAGAGCAGCAGCAGAAGAAGUACAGCAGCAUGGUGGUGGGAGACGAGAGCAGCAACAGCGACUGACCCUCUCAACAUAACGGACAGAGCUCCUGCUGUUUGUUCUCUGAGGUUAUUCGUGGACAUUUCAGUAUUUUCUCAGUUGUUUGAAAUCAUUCUGUACUUCUGUGUGGACUUAAACGCUGGAAGCAGAGGUACAUCCAACGACAGAGUCUCAGCUGUUGGCAAAUGACCAGUGCAAUAUGAGAGAAGAACAUCUUUGAAAUAAGGGAAAACUGUUUUACCUGCUGCUUAAACUAUCUGUUGUAGUUUAACAACAAUGCUGGAAAAUACCCUGGAUCAAAUGUGUGAUUCCAGAAAACUACUGGUUAAACAACUAUGAUUCAUUAUAGUCAGACAUUCAGUGUUUUUCUUUUUUUUUUUUUACAUAUAUAUAAAUUCAGUUUGCAAGUUGAAUAAUUGUCUAUUUUGUAAAUAUUUGGAUAUUCCUAUGGAAACUGGUUCAUUCAUCAUUUGUUCACAUUUCAUCCAGAGCAGUAGUUUCAAAGUGUGGAAGCAUGAAUACAUGUGUUUAUUUUUCAUCAGACAGCUAGCUGGUAGAUGACACUGUGUCCAAUUCAUAAUGUGAGGACUUCACAGGAGCACACACAGCACAGACUUUUUGGACUUCUCUUCACUGGACGAUGCUCCUGCAGUGUGAUCUUCAACGUGCUGCGGGUUUUCCUCCUCGGCUCCUUGAAGCACAUAUUAAAGUGUUUUCAGGGUAAUUGUGAGUGCGGCGCUCAAAAUGUGCAUUCUCACCGUGGUGCACGUGACCGCCGGGAUCCUUGACGCCCUGCCUCGCCUGUGUCAGAGCAAGAUUAUUGAAUCACGUGACCCAAAUGUUUCUGAUAACCUCUAACCCAGCCAUUUAUGAGCCAAUAAAUGAUGGUAUGACUUACCGGCCACAGGUGAGCUUUGUUCUGUCUCUGUUUCAGUUCCUGAUAUCUACAAAGACAAUCACAUGAGAAAAAUGUAACUACAAGUAAUCAACAGAUUCUAUCUUAUUUAUAGUUUAUACUUUAAGGUAAGGUGGAUUGUAUAGAUUUACAGUCAAAAUGUCACUACUUUCUUUAAAAUGUUACUUCCCAUAUCUUUUUUUUUUUGUUUGUUUUUUCUUAAUGGCCCAGUUUGGAAAAUCAAAUGUUUUGGUUGAUAAUAUUUAUGAGUCGUAUACAUGCCCGCCAUCUGCAUCCCCAUCUGUACAGUUCAGAUAAACAGCAGGUCUGUUGAUUCAGUCCAGGCAUGCUUGAAUUGAGCUGCUUGUCUCUCUUAGCAAUGAAGGCCAAUAAAGCUGCGCUGUAACAAAUCAUGAAGGCUUUCGUCUGUCUGGAUCCAGAGGUGCUGCUUUUAAAGAGGCCAGCUCUGAGUUUUCUCUCUCAGAUCGGUUCUGCAUAUCUGC